AGGAAGACAAGCGGUAGAAAGGAUUGAAAGGGGGGCUAGGGUUUAUACAUCAAAAGCCUAAACCCUCUUUCGUUCCCUCCAUUACUAGAGAGAGAAAGUAGUAGUCGCGUGAGUAAAAUGUUUACAGGCGGAAAGAGCUUCGUCUCUUCGCCGCCGGCGUUCUCAAAUGACGCUAAGCGCCUCCUUGUUUGCACCGGCAACACCGUCUCCGUAUUCAGCACCUCCACUGGUUUACAGACUUGUGAGUUGGAAGGGCACGAGGCGCAAGUGACGUCGGUUAUAGUCGUUCCGGCGUUUAACCCGGCGAGUAAAGUCUUGUGCUAUUGCUGGACGGCGUCCCUCGAUGGGAAGAUCAAGUAUUGGGACUUUGCCGCUCCAGAAUUGAUGAAGACUAUUGACAUUCGGUUCCCAAUUCACUCUAUGGUGAUUCCAAGUUUAUUAAGCCAGGAAACUGACAGCAUUGGGAAGCUUCCUGAUCUUUUUGCUUACAUCUGUACUGAGGAUGUGAAACAGGACGGACAACCAAAUUCUUUAGGUGGACAGUUACGGAAAUGUAACCUGACAAAGUCACGUUUAGUUGGCGGAGUUACUCUAGCUGAGACUCGGAAACCAGGUUAUGUAACCAUUAGUCCAUCAGGGAAGUACAUUGGAAUGUAUGAAAAGCGCAAGCUCCGUAUAUGGGAAAUACCUGCAAAAGAUUCCGAGCAUCUUGGCUACAAGAAAAUCAGAUUACAUCAUACAAGAUCAGUUACUGCCAUGGCUUUUCAUCCGAAUGAGAGGGUGGUAGCAGCAGGCGAUGUCACAGGAAGGAUCUUAAUAUGGAGAGGUGUUGGGCGUGAAACAUUCUCCAGUAGUAAGUUAUCUAAUGGCCGAUUGAACACGGAUGCAGAGGACAGGCCAGGAGUGAGGGAUAAUGAUGAUGCACAUUCAUGUACCACAUGGCAUUGGCAUUCUGCACAAGUGAAUGUGCUCUUCUUCUCUUCUGAUGGUGCUUAUUUGUACUCAGGUGGAAGAGAAGGAGUUUUGGUUGUUUGGCAGUUAGAUACUGGAAAGAAAAAAUUUCUUCCGAGGAUCGGAUCCCCACUUCUGUAUUUCACCAAUUCUCCGGACCCUACAUUAUCCUCCAUAUCAUGCGCAGAUAAUCAAAUUCAACUGCUUAGAAUGCCUUCGAUGGAGAUACUGAGGUCCAUUUCAGGGAUCAAGCUUCCAAGUUCACAUAUGGAUAUGUAUGAGGGAUUUGGCUCGGUUGUUGUCUUCAAUCCCACUGCUGGCUUGAUUGCAGUACCUGCAGAGAACUACCGCGUCCAACUUUAUAGUCUGUUUGAUGAUCGUGAAAUUUCUGAGGUGCAAAUCUGUGAGAGAAACCAUCAGCCUGGCGAUGAAAUUACGGUAAAAGUGAAUUUGGUAGCUCUUUCUCGAGAUGGUUCUACCAUGAGCACUGUUGAAACCAGACUUCCUGAAGAAGGAAUAGGCAGCCUUGUGACUCUUAAGUUCUGGUCAUGUAAUUCGCAGAAAAAACAAUUUAGCUUGUCUACCGUCAUAUAUGAACCCCACAGGGAUGCUGGGAUCUCAUGCAUCGCUUUCCGACCAACUGGUCACAUGGCUGUGAGUUCAUCAUAUGGUGGAGAUUUUAAGGUAUGGGUCCAUAGACAUGAGUUUACCCCCAAAGAUGAGACUGUUCAGAGGAGUAGCUGGACAUGUCAUGCCGUUGGAUCAUACAAGAAGAAACCUAUGACCACUGCAGCAUUUUCCAGUGAUGGGUCUGUCCUGGCUGUUGCUGCAGACAAAGUUAUUACCUUGUGGGAUCCAGACAGGAAUACUCUGCUAGCUGUAAUUGGGGAUACUCUAGAGCCAAUUACAAAUCUUACAUUUGUUGGGAAGUCCGAGUAUCUUGUAUCUGCUUCACGAGGCUCGAAUCCACAGUUGACUGUGUGGAGUAUGUCGAAGCUGUGUACAGCUUGGUCCUAUAGGCUUGACGUAGAGGCAAUCACUUGUUCAAUGGACAAUUCCACCUUUGCUGUUCUUGCUCUCUCUAAGCAAAUUGGAUCUGCGGAUGCCUCAUUGCAGUGUGGAGAGGGGGUGAUUUUGCUGUUCAAUGCAGAAAAAGCGGUUUCUUUGUCGGCGUGGUCUGUGAGCAAGGCUCAAGGAGGUCUUUCAUUUGUCUAUUCAAGCCCUGAAUUGGAAGACGAAGUUUCCGGAACAAAAGCCACCAAUGAAGUACUUGCUUACAUUAAUGGUGCUCAUGAAUACGUUCUCUUGAACCCACACAGUGAACAGGAGAGUAAACUUAGCAUUUCUCGUCAACGAGUCUUCAGUAAGCUUGAUGAAACAGAUACACAUGGAUAUGCAUCAGUGUAUGGUGAGUUACCAGAAUUCAGCUUGAAAAUAGAUCAGACGCCGUUCCCAUCAAUGCCGUCAGAAAAAACCUGGAAGAAUAUAUUUAGUGGACCAUCUCACAGUCUUCCUCCCCUGCCCAAGUUAUGCUCAGACUUUCUAGAAUCAUUACUGGAGAGGAGGUCCGGUGUUGUGGAAUAGGCCAUUGACACAUUGUUCAUACUUAGCCUUUGAUGUGGUUAAGUAGUAAUCAUGAGCUUGCGCGCCUUGCCUUCUAUCACAGAAUGGAAGCUCCUCCUUAGAGACAGCUCUGCUUACAAAAUCACUCAUUUUUUGGCGGGGAGAAGCAUAUCUGCUGCUGCAUACCAUUUUCACAGGAUGUGGCGAUGAAAUUUUGGUGUAUGAUUUUGUUUGUAUUAACAACACUGCCUCUGAUACAUAUACUGUGGAUUUACUGAUUGGCCAAGUUGAGGUGUUAAAGUAGUUGUAGCGGCCAAUUUAUAGAGAUUUAGAAAGUCGAAUAUGUACUGCUGAUUAUUUAUAAUCUGAAAUGCCUAAUGAGACCACAUACACCAUCA